UAUGUAUGAGUACCCAUGGGCGCAAGGCUGCGAUUGGCCGAGGAGGCUGCCGCCGCCGCCAAUCACUGCGGCGGUGGCACUGAAGGAAAAGAAAUGGAUCCCUUCGCGACGGCGGCUCGAGGGUUCUUCUUGUGGGCGGCGGCCUUUUCUGUGUCCGCAGCCUCGGCGCCCCCUCAGCGCUACUCCCCCGACUGGGCCAGCUUGGACGGGCGGCCGCUGCCGGGCUGGUUCGACGCCGCCAAGGUCGGCGUGUUCGUCCACUGGGGCGUCUUCUCGGUGCCGGCAUGGGGCUCCGAGUGGUUCUGGUGGCACUGGCGGGGCGAGCGCAACCCCUUCUACGAGCGCUUCGUCCAGGCGCGCUUCCCGUCGGGGACCUCCUACGCUGACUUCGCCCCCCUCUUCACCGCCAGCGAUUUCCAGCCCGCGCAGUGGGCGCGCCUCUUCCAAGAGGCCGGCGCCAGAUACGUUGUGCUGACCACAAAGCAUCAUGAAGGCUUCACCAACUGGGGGUCUGCCGUGUCCUGGAACUGGAAUUCAGUAGAUACAGGGCCCCAUCGAGACUUGGUGGGUGAACUGGGUGAUGCCCUCAGAAAAAGGAACAUACACUACGGACUGUACCAUUCCCUCUUUGAGUGGUUUCAUCCGCUCUAUUUAUUGGACAAAAAAAAUGGCUUCAAGAGUCAGUUUUUUGUCUAUGAGAAGACUCUGCCAGAACUUUAUGAGCUUGUUUUGAAAUACAAGCCAGAUCUCAUUUGGUCUGAUGGAGAAUGGGAAGCCCCAGAUACCUAUUGGAACUCAACUUUUUUCCUCGCCUGGCUUUAUAAUGACAGUCCCGUCAAGGAUACCAUAGUGGUGAACGAUCGAUGGGGCAUCAAUUGUUCCUGCCACCAUGGAGGCUACUAUAACUGUCAAGAUAAAUACAAGCCUGGCACUCUGCCAGACCACAAGUGGGAGAUGUGCAGCUCUAUUGACAAGAGAUCUUGGGGGUAUCGAAGCAACAUGCAAAUCAGUGAACUCAUGGAUGAAUCCAGCAUCAUUCAGGAACUUGUACAAACUGUGAGUAACGGAGGAAACUAUCUUCUCAAUGUGGGACCCACAAAAGAAGGAGUGAUCGCUCCAAUCUUCCAAGAGAGGCUCCUAGGUCUUGGGAAGUGGCUGGGAAUUAAUGGGGAGGCCAUUUAUGAAUCAAAGCCAUGGAGAAUACAAAAGGAGAAUUGCACUUACAGCACAUGGUACACUUCAAAGGGAGCAACUGUCUAUGCUAUCUUCUUGACCUGGCCAGAAAGCAGUGUUUUGAUGCUUCCAUCACCUGUCCCGUCUGCAAGCACUCAAGUGACUAUGUUGGGGUUCUCUGAACCUUUGAAAUGGCAAGUGGCCCCAGACAAAGGGCUGCAGAUCACACUGCCCUCUGCAGUUCCUUUGCUUCUUCCUCUGCAACACGGCUGGAGUCUCAAGCUAGUUGGAGUGGAAUGAUGGUGAAAUUGAAGGGAAAUCAAGGAACUCUGUUGAAGCUGCUGUGAUUAGUGGCAUGAAUGGGUUCAAAAUAAGGCAAGCUUAAAUGAUGGAUUUGCAGUUAAAUGAAACAAAACAUUUACAUGUUAGCAACCCUCAGGUGUUGGAUGAGGAUGGACUCAAGAAGGGACACUCUCCCAGCAGGAUUUAAUUUGCUUGAAACAAAUGUCCAAAAGCACUCUGCUGUAAUAUGUUGGUUCUCAUUCAAUGUAAAUGAUGGUUAUCUCCAGUGACUUCUCAGGGAAAUUAUCGUGGGCUGUUGUGAGUUCUGUUUCAUUCACAUGUCAUGGUAAAUCAUACCUAGUGGCUUAUUGUCAGUGCCAAAGUUACCAUGAUUGUGGCCACUGAGCAUGGCAUAGCAACAAAUCUGAGCAUGGCAUAGCAACUGUGCUCAAUUGAAGUGGAGCAGGUCUCCUCUGCAGUUUUUUCAGCAGCCAGCUCAGAAUCCAAAUCAGCUUACAUUGAUUCAGUUUGUCUUCCUUCACACAAAAGGAAUCCUGAAGCAAUUUCCACAGACAACAGUAUACAAUAAAAAUCAAUAAAUUUAAAUGACUGUA